AUGUCAGGUGUCGGGGAAAUUUUGAAAGCAGUUGGUGAUUUUGGGCGAUUUCAGAAAUGCCUGGUGCUGCUCUCCGUGAUCCCCUGCCUCAGUGUGGCUUUCCACCAGUUUUGCCAGCUUUUCAUGGUGGUGGAAGUGCCUCACCACUGUGACACCAGCUGGAUCCGCGCCGUCGGCCCCAACCUGACGCAGGAAGAGCAGCUGAACCUCACCCUGCCCCGGGGCCCCGACGGGCACUUUGAGCAGUGCUCCAUGUUCUCCCCGGUGGACUGGGACCUGGAUUCCAUCCUGGCCUAUGGACUCAACCACACUGAGAAGUGCAGCAGUGGCUGGGUGUACCCCUCAGAGCAGCCACCGUCCCUGCUGACCGAGUUUGACCUGGUGUGUGACAGGAAGGACCUGAAUGACAUUGCCCAGGCCAUCUACAUGGCAGGGCUGCUCCUGGGAUCCAUGAUCUUUGGGCCUCUGAGUGACAGGUUUGGCCGCCGCCCGGUCAUUCUGAUCUCCGUCUUCCUCCAGGGCUUGAUUGGCCUGGGAAUUGCCUUUGUGCCCCAUUUCUAUGUGUACAUGGCCUUCAGGUGUGUGCUGGGGGCCUCCGUGUCAGGGAUCACCAUGACAUUCCUGGCCUUAGCUACAGAAUGGAUUGGUGUCUCCUCCCGGCCAAAUGCAGUGCUCACUUCUCACUGCUGCUUUGCCAUCGGCCAGAUGAUUUUGGCUGGUUUGAGUUACGGGAUUCGCAACUGGAGGCUGCUGGAGAUUGCAGGAUCUGCUCCUCUAUUUGCCUUUUUCUUCUGCAUGGGGGUGCUCCCAGAGUCAGCUCGCUGGCUGGUGACCAAGGGCAGAAUCGAGGAAGCCAAGAAGCUGCUGCAGAAGGCGGCAGCCGCCAACAAGCGCAGCCUCCCACCAGAGCUCCUGGAGCAGUUGAAGCCUGAGAAACAGGUCAAGUCUGGAAGUUUCCUGGAUCUCUUUCGGAAGAAGCACCUGCUGAAGGUGACUUUAAUCAUGUCAUGUGCCUGGUUUGUGAACAGCAUUGUCUACUAUGGGCUGAGUCUGAACGUGACAAAUUUUGGCCUGGAUAUCUACCUGACUCAGCUGGCCUUUGGAGCAGUGGAAAUCCCAGCCCGUUUUGCUUGUAUCUUCACCCUGCAGUGGUUCGGGAGGAGGAAAACACAGGCUGUUCUCCUGGUGCUGAGUGGCCUGGUGUGUCUGAUCAUCACUGCCAUCCCUGAAGACCAGCCCGUGGCAACCACCGUCCUGGCCACCAUUGGCAAGUUUGCUGCCUCAGCCUCCUUCUCCACCUCCUACGUCUAUGCGGCCGAGCUCUUCCCCACGGUUGUCAGGCAGACGGGCGUGGGGCUGUGCUCCAUGUCGGCGCGCGUGGCCGGGAUCCUGGCCCCGCUGAUCCGGCUGCUGGGCCAGCACCACCGGGCCAUCCCCAUGGCCAUCUUUGGGAGUGCCCCCGUGCUGGGGGGGCUGCUCUGCAUCCUGCUGCCCGAGACCCGCGGCACCGACCUGGCAGAUGACACAGGGGAUGGCCAUCCCUCAGCUCAGGUCUGCGAAAAUGCCACCAGCAGCUCUCAGAAUGGGCAGGUGAAAGGAAAAGGUGCUGGCCAAGACAAUGAGAGCACGAAGACCACGUACUUCUAG